CUGACCCUGUCCGGCGCAGGGGUGGUGGGACCUCAGCCUUCAACUGGAGCUUCUCAACAAGCCCCAUGAAUCCUUACGUCAACUGCUCCAGUCCCGAGUUCCCCCUGUCCCAGCAAGACUUUCCUGUGGAGCCCAUCAGUCCUGAUCUCAGCAAUAGGACUCACGCAGAAACCUUGUUUGACCCCAAGGAUGCCAACCUGACAGAGGAGCAGCUGCGGGAUAAGUACCUGGGGCCUCGACGGUCCAGCUUCUUUGUCCCAGUGUGUGUCAUCUACCUGCUGAUCUUCUUGGUGGGGGCUGUGGGCAACACACUUACCUGCAUUGUCAUCCUCCGGCACCGGUUCAUGAGAACACCCACCAACUACUACCUGUUCAGCCUGGCCGUGUCUGACCUGCUGGUGCUGCUGCUGGGGAUGCCGCUGGAGCUGUACGACAUGUGGAGCAACUACCCCUUCCUGCUGGGUGCCAGCGGCUGCUAUUUCAAGACACUGCUCUUUGAGGCCGUUUGCUUCGCCUCCAUCCUCAACGUCACAGCCCUGAGCGUGGAGCGCUACAUUGCUGUGGUGCACCCGCUCAAAGCCAAGUACGUGGUGACCAGGAAUCACGCCAAGAAGGUCAUUGUCACCAUCUGGGUCUUGUCAGUCAUCUGCUCCAUUCCCAACACCAGCCUCCAUGGGCUGCAGCCUCUCUAUGUGCCAGGCCGGGGGCGGGUGCCCGAUUCAGAGAUCUGCACCCUGGUGAAGCCACGCUUGACCUACAACCUCAUCAUCCAGAUCACCACCAUCAUCUUCUUCUUCCUGCCCAUGGGGACCAUCAGUGUCCUCUACCUUCUUAUCGGCCUGCAGCUCAAGAAAGAAAAGAUGCUGGAAGCCUUGGGAGCCAAGACCAGCAGUAGCCGCAACUGCCACAAGAGUCAGGGGCAGAAGAAAGUCAAGAGGAGGCAGGUCACAAAGAUGCUGUUCGUGCUGGUGGUGGUGUUCGGUAUCUGCUGGGCUCCCUUCCACACCGACCGCCUCGUCUGGAGCUUUGUCUCCACCUGGACCAGCAACAUGCUCCACAUGUUCCAGUACGUCCACAUCAUCUCAGGUGUCUUCUUCUACCUGAGCUCGGCUGCCAACCCCAUCCUCUACAACCUGAUGUCCACCCGCUUCCGGGAGAUGUUCAAGGAGGUGAUGUGUCGCCCCGGCCACCGCCCGCCGUGGUCACGGAAAUACUCGCCCAGCGUCACCCGCACCACCACCCGCAGCACCGAGUGCGAGCCCAUGCCCGGCUCCAGCGGGCUGCCCCUCUCCGACGCCGAGGAGUACGAGCUGGAGGAGAUGGAAAGGGGCCAGGCCACCACCCACACAGCGUCCCUCUGCUGA